AUGGCCGUUGAACAGGAGACGCAAUCUACCCCGGCGCAGGUAUCGUUCGCCAGUACUCUGGAAUCUCUCACAACCAUCAUUUUCAACGCCCAGGAGUCUUUGCCAUCCUCCCAGCCGCAUGAUGAUGUCUCAGGGGGUAAUAGGUCAAUACUACCGCCUCCUGAUGGCGUAUCACUUUUCGAUACGAAGAAUGAAAUAUUCGUUUCAUAUCUGCAGAAUCUAGUCUUUCUGAUGCUUCUGCGGUUACGACAUUUAUGCAAUGGAUCCUCCGAUACGCGAAACGGUGUUGGGACUGAUGACGAUGGACCUAUUCACAAAAAUGUUUUGAAACGAAUGACGGAGCUUCGAAUAUAUCUGGAGCGUGGUGUACGACCACUAGAAGGUCGCCUGAAAUAUCAGGUAGAUAAGGUUCUCAAAGCAGCAGACGAUGCGACAAGGAAACAACAAGCUACAACAUCCACGGGAAAACAAUCAACCAAAGGAAGUAAAAAGGAAGGAAAGAGAACUUAUGGAAGCGGAAGCGAGGACGGAUCGGGAAGCGAAUCGGGCUAUUCUGAGGACAACUGCAGAGAACACAGCGAUAUUGAUGAAUUGACAUAUCGACCUAACCUAGCAACGUUCUCACGGGUAACCCAGGAUAAAUUGAAACCGAAAUUAGCGGAUAGCAAGGAUGCUGGUGAUGGAAUCUAUCGUCCACCAAAGAUAAAGCCUACAGCGCUCCCAACCACGACGGAUAAUCAUGAGAAGAAACGUGGACGGCGCACCGCUAAAUCCGCCGUUAUUGACGAGUUUGUGGCGGCUGAAAUGUCCAGCGCUCCCACUGUCGAGCCUAGUAUUGGCACAACGAUAAGGGCUGGAGGAAGAUCAGUGCGGUCCGAGAAGGAGAGGGCGCAGGAACUCGAACGAAGAGAGUAUGAAGAGGGUAACUUUGUUCGCCUGCCUAAGGAAAGUAAGAAGGAACGGGCGAAGCGGGGACUCAAUCGCCCAGGUGGUUAUGGGGGAGAGGACUGGAGGAGCUUGGGAGAGGGCGCUGAUAGGAUCGGGAGACUUACCCGACGCGGUACAGGAGGUGGUUCCGGAAGUGCUUUGGAGAAAAGCCGUAAGAGACGUGUUACCGAAGAUGGCCCACGUGGCGAUGGAGUGAAUGUAGGCGAGAGCUUCGAGAAGCGCCGGAAGAAAAUAGGAACAUGGAAGCGGUAA